GAUGAGGCUGUGGACCAAUGUGAAACUGCUUACAAGGCCGCUGAUGGUAAGAAGCAGAAAGCUGCGAGAGAUAACUUCAAUUACACAGGGAUCAUGGCAUUAAUUUGUCGUCAUGACAUCCCAUUGUUUUUUGCCAACAUAGAUUCUCCUGGAGAACAACAGAAGUAUUCGGUAGCUCUUCUCCAGCACUUAUUUUCAUUGCUCCUGCAUGAGGCAACAGUUGUUGCUUUGUAUGACAUUGGUUGUGUUCUAGCACACUCACUUGCAAAGUAUGAUAUCCUUCCCAAGAGCAUCACCACAUGA